UUAUUUUCCACUACCGCCUCUUCACUUCGCUCGAUUGCUCGAUCUCUUGCCUUCCUCUUGUUCUUUCUUCACUUCUGUCUGUGGAUCUUCGUUGGGUUUCGUCGUCUAUCUUCUUCAGUACCCCGUGAGUCUCGCGCUCACUUUAAUUUCUUCUUCUCUUGCCUUCCUCUUCCGCUCUGUCUAUGUCUCAUCAGGGGUUUUCUCCAGUUUGCCGUGAGUGUCGCCUCCUCCACUUCUUUUCACUCUCGUUCUAUUCAUGGUUGUUCUCCUUUUCGUUCUGGUAACACAUUCCGUCUCUGGCUGCUCCUUUUCACUGUGCUCACAGUUUCAGGCUUAGCUCUUGAUAUAAUGGAACGGUUAGGGGACUGGCUUUGAUAUUUACUUCUCCAUGCCGUGAGGCAAUGCAUCUGUAGCUGCUAUGGAAUGAUCAAGUGGUUGAGUGGAGGAUUUUCCUUGGGUUUCUCUCAUUCCUGCAACAAUACUUCGGGCUUGAAGAGCAUGUUAGCCAAGUUCAUGCAUGGUUAUGACAAUACUUUGUGCUGCUUUUAUGAAGUUCAUAUAUAUACCUAGAUCAAUUUCAUUUGUUGUUGUUAGAAACUGUACUACUUCAGCCACGGCAAAUUCUUUAAGUGGAUUCAACUGUUUGAAGAGUAACAGCAACUCAAGUUCUUAUAAGCAUUUGCUCUCUCAUCACCUAAAGAAUCUAAGUUUAGAUGAAGCUCGCAUCGUCUUUGACAAAAUCCCAUCUCCUGAUGUUGCCUUGUAUACCAUGAUGGUGAUGGGUUACUCGCAAAAUCAUAGACUCAGAGAGGCUUUGAAUCUCUUUCAUAAAAUGCCGUAUAGGGAUGUUGUUUCUUGGAAUUCAAUGAUCAAAGGGUGUUUGGAUUGUGGAGAUUUCAUUAUGGCCAAGAGGCUUUUUGAUGAAAUGCCUAAGAAGAAUGUUAUUUCCUGGACCACCAUUAUGAAUGGGCUUUUGCAGUUGGGCAGAGUUAAGGAUGCUGAAAGAUUUUUCCAUAAAAUGCCUUAUAGGGAUGUGGCAUCGUGGAAUGCUAUGAUUCAUGGUUAUUGCAGCAAUGGUAGAGUUGAAGAUGCGUUGCUUUUAUUUGAGCACAUGCCUACACGCAAUGUGAUUUCUUGGACUUCUAUGAUUAGCGGGCUCGACCAGAAUGGAAAGAGUGAUGAAGCUUUACUUCUUUACCAAAAGAUGGUCAGUUUGGGCGUGCAUCCCACAUCUACUACUUUAGUUUGUGGGUUGAGUGCUGCUGCUAAGAUAUCAGCUUUGCAUGUAGGGCUUCAGAUUCACUGUUACAUAUUUAAGCUAGGUUACUACCUUGAUGAGCAUGUAUAUGCUUCACUUGUGACAUUUUAUGCGAAUUGCAAACAAAUGGAGGUGGCAUACAAGCUUUUUCAUGAUAUAUUGCAUAAGAAUGUUGUGGUAUGGACGGCUCUUUUAUCAGGAUAUGCUUUAAACAAUAAGCAUGAACACGCAAUUAAGGUCUUCAGAGAAAUGAUAAAAACAGCUGUCUUUCCAAAUGAAUUUUCUGUAACGAGUGCUUUGAAUUCAUGUUGUGGAUUGGAGGACAUUGAAAAAGGGAGGGAGAUCCAUACUAUAGCGAGUAAAUUAGGUUUGGUGACUAAUCCAUAUGUGGGUAACUCUCUUGUUGUCAUGUAUAGCAAAUGUGGAUAUAUCAAUGAUGGGAUAAUUGCAUUUAAGAAGAUUAGUGAGAAAAAUAUUGUCUCAUGGAACUCAGCCAUUGUUGGCUGUGCACAGCAUGGGUGUGGCAUGUGGGCUUUAAUAGUCUUUAAGCAAAUGCUAUAUGAAAGAGUAGAUCCAGAUGAAAUCACACUAACUGGUUUACUUUCAGCAUGUAGUCGCUCGGGGAUGUUGCAAAAGGCAAAGUGCUUCUUCAAAUACUUUGACGAGAAAAGAUUAACUGAACUAACAAUUGAGCACUAUGCAUGCAUGGUGGAUGUACUUGCUCGGUGUGGGGAGUUGGAUGAAGCAGAAGGGCUAGCAAGAAGCCUACCUAUGAAAGCUAAUUCCAUGAUAUGGCUGGUUUUACUGAGUGCAUGCAGGAUGCAUUCUAAUUUGGAUGUAGCUGAGAGAGCUGCCAAAGAAAUUUUUGAACUGAAACCUGAUUCAAGUGCAGCUUAUGUUUUAUUAUCUAACUUGUAUGCUUCUGCAAGCAAGUGGAGCGAAGUAGCUAGGAUACGAAAAAUGAUGAAACAUAAAGGAGUUUCAAAACAACCAGGGUCCAGUUGGAUAUCCUUGAAAGGUUGGAGGCAUGAAUUCCUUUCUGGAGAUAGGUCCCACCCUCUCAGUGAGAAAAUUUAUCAAAAGCUAGACUGGUUAGGAGUAAAGCUAAAAGAAAUAGGUUAUGUUCCUGAUCAACAAUUUGCUUUACAUGAUGUUGAAACUGAACAGAGGGAAGAAAUGUUGUCUUAUCACAGUGAAAGGCUUGCAAUUGCAUUUGGGUUGCUUAAGACUGUGGAAGGCAGUACAAUAACAGUGAUGAAAAAUCUCCGUAUAUGUGGGGAUUGUCAUAAUGCAAUAAAGCUUAUAGCGAAGAUUGUUAAUCGUGAGAUCAUAGUAAGAGACUCGAGUCGAUUUCAUCACUUCAAGGAUGGCAUUUGUUCUUGUGGGGAUUAUUGGUAAUAUACAAUUUUGUCCUUCUAAUGAGUACUGCAAAUCUACUACCAAGGCAUUUUAUAUAAUGCUGGAAAGAGGCGUCACUAUGGUGCUUGCAUGUUGGUUUUCAUGAAACUAAGUCUCUUGGACUUCUUUUCAGCCAGUUUAAAGUGAUUUUUGGAGGCUGAAUUUGACAUGAAUACCACCACUUGAGCCAAUGCUUCUGAGGCAAUGAAAGAGUAGCCUAAGCUACAUACAGAACUCUUUUCUUGUACUGGUGGAGUGGCAUUUCUUUUGGGAGAUGUGCUCCUUCAAUCUCGAUACAGGUUGUUGGUGAAGCUAUUGGAUGAUUUUUUUUCCCUUGUUAAUUCUUCUAAUAUGCUAGAAAACCAUUUGGGUUACAACAGAAUCUCUUGCAACUCUAUUUUCAGUGGUUCUUAUGAGACGAAGUAGUCAUACUCUUGCAUCGCUCGGUGAAAAUGGCUUUCGCAGCGUCUUUCAUCCUUGGGCCUAACCAACAAGACAAGAGCAGCUGCUGAUCCUCAAGUCGGUCUUUCGAGGGAACUGGAGAGUCACGAAAUCGCCAUAGAUGAGCUCAACCAUCUUCCAUCUUCUAGGGGAACUCAGUUGAUUUAGCCAGCGGAAUUUACAAACAUUAGGCUGUUAGGCUUCGGUAAAGUUUGGAAGAAUUAACUUUUACAGUUUUGAUACUUACGAGUCCAAUGGAAGAACUGGCUGUUUAAUCAAUUUGUAAGCUGAAUGGCAGUAGGCUUAGCUAAAGUUUGGGAGAACUAAUUCGUAAACCUAUAUGGAUAUUUAAUGGGAUGUUAGAUUUUACGGUUUUUCCUUUGAGUUACACAUAAUUUGUGUAUGAUAUUUUUUUGACGGUUUAAUCAUGGAGCACUGACCUGUAAAUAGAAAUUUUCACUUUAGAGAAAAUGACUGCAAACACCUUAAA